AUGGGGAUGCAUGUGGGGAUCCCUCGGAGUGGAGGGGGCGCGGGGGAGGAGUUGCGAGACUUGAAUAAGCCUGCUGGGGCUGUUGAUGCUGAUGCUGAUGAUGAUGAUGAUGAUGAUGAUGAUGAUGAUGAUGAUGAUGAUGAUGAUGAUGAUGAUGAUGAUGAUGAUGAUGAUGAUGAUGAUGAUGAUGAUGAUGAUGAUGAUGAUGAUGAUGAUGAUGAUGAUGAUGAUGAUGAUGAUGAUGAUGAUGAUGAUGAUGAUGAUGAUGAUGAUGCUGCUGCUGCAGUGCAAGACGCGAGCGGGGAGGUGCAGAUUCAGCGCAUGCUGGCUGGGCUCUCGCACCUCGCACGCUUCCUGCGCCUGCAGCAAGCACAGCACCAGGAGGCAGCGGCAGAGGCAGAGGCAGAAGCGGGGGCAGAGGAAGAGGCAGAGGCGGAGGCAGAGGCAAAAGCAGCGGCGGAGGCAGAGGCAGAGGCAGAGGCAAAAGCAGCGGCAGAGGCAGAGGCAGAGGCAGAGGCAGAGGCAGAGGGAGGGGAAGCGGUGCUUUCAGACCGGGAGCAGCAGGAGCAGCAGCGGCAGGAGCAGCAGCACCGGGAGGAAGGAGGGAAAGAGGAGGUUUGGUUGUCAGCUUUCUCGGCUUUUCCAGAGGCCGGAACAUCAGCGAAGCAAGUGGAGACCACCCUUGCUGCUACCUUUGCUCCUAGAUACGGCCCAGAUGGCGCUCUGCGUGGUGCUAGUCGGUUGGAGCGCAUGGGAGGGCGACAUAUGGAGAGGAGCUGCAGCCGUGGUGGCAGUGACCCUGAGUAUGCUCUGCGUGGCAGUAGCACCAACCCCAGCAGUGUCAUGAGCAACGGGAUCCACAAUAGCAAUGAACUGGUGGGAGCGCGUGGCACCAACAGUAGCCUUUUCAGCAGCACUGCCACCAACUCAGCGAGCGAUGCGGGAAGGAAGAGGAAAAGCCCAGAGCGCCCCGCUGGUUGCGCUACAGCCGCAGCUCACACGCAGCAGCACGCCAGGCAGGCCUCCCAUGUGUGCUACAGCCGGAGCGUGCUUGGGCCGGCCAGUGCUUCGUUUGUACUGCCGAACCCAAAGGGAUUCCCUGCCGUAGGGGCGUCUAUCCUGGGCCCUGCCAUUGUUGUUGACCCUCAUAUCCUGGUGCCAGAUGUGAGGGUCAACCAGAGUGGUGUGCUGGAAGGCAUUUGCACAACCAAACACGACGUGCCUUUAGAGUCGACCAAAAUGUCGCCUCGGGAUGAGUGUGCGGUGAGGUACGAGUGCAAGACCAACAGCCGCGCAUGCGACAUUCCAGGCGAGUGCUGGACGGACGAUGCUUUGGAUGAUCCCAAGGGCCAGGAGCGCAGCAACAUGCAAGACGAGUGCGGCACAGAUGACGAGUGGUUGCCUCGGUGCCAAGGCGGCGUCAAGGCAGGUUCGGCGCCGAACCAGAGGAUUAAGAGCCGGAGCAUGGCAGAGCGGCGGAGGAGGGAGAGGAUCAGUGAGAAACUGCAGAGGCUGAGGGCGAAGGUGAGGGGGCGAGGGGACACAUGCGCGAUGCUGGGCAGAGCUGUAGGGUAUGUAGAUGCGCUGGAGAGGAGAGUGAUGGAGUUAGAGAGGGUUAUCAUGACGGCUGCUGGGCCUGGGAGGAUUUUUUUCCCCAGUCAUGCAUUUGCCGGUGCUGGUUUUGCCGGGAAUGCUCUUGCUAAUGACGCUGCAGCACUGCAUGCGAUACCGGGUGCACUGGCAUCGGUCCCGACUGGCCUUGGGAGUGACGGUGUUUCUGGCUGGCCUUGGGAGUGA